CGUUACACGCAAACAGGAUUCAAGGUGCGGUGUCCCGGCCUGAGUGAGAUGGCCUUCAUGAUGAAAAAGAAAAAGUACAAAUUCUCGGUGGAGGUCGACCUCGAGGAGCUCACGGCGGUGCCAUUCGUCAGUGCCGUGCUUUUCGCCAAGCUGAGGCUUCUGGAUGGCGGUUCCUUUGUUGAUCAUUCCACCAGGGAGGAAGUGCAGGAGCACACGGUGAGAUGGAAUGCGAAAUUCGAGUUUUUAUGCAAAAUGAGCGCCAACGCGUCCACGGGCGUACUCGAUCCAUGCAUUUUAAGGAUAUCUGUGAGAAAGGAAUUGAAAGGAGGCAGGUCCUUCCAAAAAUUGGGCUUCACCGAUCUAAACUUGGCCGAAUUCGCAGGAGCUGGCUUCUGCCGAAGAAGAUGCCUUUUGGAGGGUUACGAUGCGCGACAUCGUCAAGAUAAUUCUAUGUUACGCGUAGCCAUAAAAAUGAAUAUGCUCUCCGGUGAUAUCCUAUUUAAAGUCCCUUCCCCAUCGUCGAAACAAACGCAGUUGGCGGUGCCCGGGGUGCAAGGUGUACCUGGUGUUACCGGUGACGAAGUGACGGCAUCCGAGAGAUGUUCUAAUCGAGAGGAUUAUGUAUCUACCGGUUCCCUGGCAGGAAGUAUAGCAAGUGCCAGCAGUGGUUUUGGCAGUCUUCCUAAGAAAAGGCCUGCACUUUUCACUUCCGAACUUCUCAGUGGAACAGAAACGUACGAUCCGAUGACUCUAAGCGAAAUCGUACCUUCGGCGGUUCCUGUGGAGGCUCUAGUAGAGGCACACACGGAAUCUGGACACUCACGCAACAGCAGCAAUACGAGUCAACUUAGUAAAGGGUCCGGCUACGGUUCCUUAAAUUCGCACAGUCAGCAUAGCAGGCAGAGCAGUAGUGGUGACAGCGGUCACAUUAGGUCACCUUCCUGGCCGGUAUGGGCACCACGAAUCCUUAAUUCCCCCCAAAACUUAUCCACACAACCGAUUGCCUAUCGACCUGAUACCUGUAUCGAACCCCUGCCAUUGCAUCCAUCUUCUCUGUCGCAUAUAGCCUCCAGAGCUCGGUUCUGGUCGGCAUCGAGCCCUCUCUCCUCUCGUAGUGGUCCAAUUGAUGUGGAAGAUCCGAUGAAAGUAGACAUUAUUGCGAAGAACGUUUAUUCGGUCGGAAAGCAACCGCUUUACGAAAUCGGGAACGGUUUCUUAAAUGACAACGAUUCACACGAAUGUCGCAAUGACGCGAACGCAAAUACCCGGAUGGCACCCGGGAUCUUUAGGGUACCAGACGUACCGCGACAUUCGCGCAAGAAUUACGAGAGGAACAGCUUUGAGGCGCGUAACGAACGUAACGUGAUAAUGAGCUCGAUCGCCAAGGAGAGUAAUGGGCAACAGAGUAACGUCUUCCCAAUCGUAAAGUCGAGAAUUAAUACUGCGGGUUGGCGCAGCAUGUCGAAGACCUGCGAUUGCAUUGAAAAGGGCAAAACAAGCCCGGUGUUGCGACUGGUCGAUCAAGCCAGAGCUGUGUCCUCUCCUGAUCCUCUCCAUAGGCCUGACAAUCAAAGAGCCCCACUACGUCCCACGGCGACAGCUCAAACCCUCAGGGGUAUUGGCGGAGGUCACCGGAAGUUGCUGGACGGGGCGGGGGGCAAGCUGGCUACGGUCGCCACCAGUCCAGCGGACUCUGAAGAGUCCUCGUUAGGGGUACCGGAAGUCGCGCCACCGAUCUCGCAGCAUCGAAACAGCAUUACCCCACCAAAUCCUUCAGGCGGUUCAGGUCUCAGCGAAACUGGAUCCCUGGAUCGUGCUAAGGCUGCGCUAGAGCGUAGAAAAAAAGCGGAGGAUGGUGCUGGUAAUCCUAUCCUCUGUAGAGUUGAAGUCACCAGGCCGAAUCCUGAUUCUCUUAUCGACGAACUGCUUAAAGCAACGAAUUUGGAACAAACGGAUCUUGAAAGUUCCGAGACAACUGGUCUUCAACUCUUUAUUGCGAAAGACGGCACGACCGCGCUUGGUAGUCACGAGGUAAAGAGCCAGAUGCCUGCCGGUGUGUUCAAACAAGUGGUAAUGGAAGAGAACAACAGGUAACACGAAGCCAUCACUACGAGACGACAGUAUGCAAGACAGGCCAGCGCCACGUUCUCGUUGGCUCUGGUGCCAGAGCUCGUCUACGAAGCCUACGAGCCGCGGUAGUUACAAGAGAUGACGAUAAUGAUGGACGAAGAAAUCAUCGACUUGGGAGGAACAGCCAAACGCGAUACGAAGUCGUACAUCUUCGUUAGAUCGUUCUAGACUGUACCUCUUCUCUAUAUAAAAAAAUCUUCUAAAUAGUCGAACUAAUAUUCGUCGAAGUAGUACGUUCGAGUUGAUUACUUCGUGUGAAAUCCAUUGUACGGAUUCGCAAGACCGAGACUCAUAUUAAUCAUCUCAUAAGUGCGCAUUUAAAUGUGAAUGAUCGAACAGUCGUAUGCAGCUUGCAAGGUUGUUAAUUGCGUCUCAACACUCGAUCCUCCAAGAUAAUGUUCAUACGUGGAUUUUGCGUUUUCCAAAAUCUCGUGCAACGAAUGAAAUCUAUAAUGUAUAGUGUUGCUAUUCA